CCUGUAACGGUCCCGCUGGUGGUACUCCCCCCCCUCCACCCCCCCCGCCCGCCGCCGCCGCCCCCUCCCCCACCGGCUGGCGGCUGCGGGCAGAGGCAGGAGCCGCCGAGCAGGCAGCGGGAGGAGGGGGAGCGCGCUGCCGCCGCCGCACCGGCAGAGGGGACGCCGCCGCCGCCCGAGCAGCCGCAGGUUUGCCCGCGGAGCCUCACGGGUCUCUCUCUUUCUCUCUGUUGGUUGCUGCUGCAGAGUUGUGGAAUGCUGUGAAGACUCACUGCCCUGCAGCCAAAGGCAGACUGCUCUCCGGGUUGUCUCCAUCCAAAGGAAGCUCGUAUCCAAGAGAGUUCCCGGUCUUCCACCAUGAACCCUGUUUACAGCCCCGUCCAACCUGGGGCUCCCUACGGAAACCCGAAGAACAUGGCGUAUACAGGUUAUCCGACAGGCUAUCCCACCGCUGCCCCAGCCUACAACCCCAACAUGUAUCCAACCAGCAGCCCCGGCUACGCCCCAGCUACACUUCUGAUGAAGCAAGCCUGGCCACAGACCUCCUCCUCCUGUGCCACGGAGGGCACCUUUCACCUCCCGGUGGACACCGGGACCGAGAACAGAACUUAUCAGGCUUCUUCUGCAGCAUUCAGGUACACUGCGGGGACUCCCUACAAGGUCCCACCGACCCAGAGUAACAACGCACCUCCUCCCUACUCGCCGUCUCCGAAUCCGUACCAAACCGCUAUGUACCCCAUCAGAAGUGCCUAUCCACAGCAGAACCUGUACACCCAGGGAGCUUAUUACACCCAGCCAGUGUACGCGGCACAGCCUCAUGUUAUCCAUCACACCACCGUGGUUCAGCCCAACAGCAUCCCAUCGGCCAUCUAUCCGGCCCCGGUCGCUGCGCCCAGGACCAACGGUGUGGCCAUGGGAAUGGUCGCUGGGACUACCAUGGCAAUGUCAGCAGGAACCUUGUUGACCACCCCACAACACACCGCCAUCGGAGCACAUCCAGUUUCCGUGCCAACGUACAGGGCUCAAGGAACCCCAACCUACAGCUACGUACCUCCACACUGGUAAACCCACUGCCCGAUUCAUAUCCGGAGUCAAACAUUGUAUGCAACUACACAAGUCUUACAUCGGUGCUGUGGCCACUGUACUGCAGCACCUCGUCUGUUUGCAAGAACAAAAGAGAAAAAAAAAAAAAAAAAGUGCAAGGGUCACUUUAUGCAUUCUUUAGUGGUUUUUGUAAAAGCUGCUUUUUCUAAUCUUCUGCCUCUUUUUUUUUCCCCCCCUCUCCCCCUUCCUCCUCCCCAACCCACAUAAAUUGUGUAACACACAUACUGACACUGAGCAAUAGUCAAGUUCUCUCUUUGGUCCUAUCAUUUGAAAGCUCAGAAUAUUCACUUUUCCAGCAUUGCCCAGCUGAGUGGUGCAAAGAUCCCCCACUUCUUGUUCGUUUGGGUUCUUUUUGUUAUUUUUUCUGUUGUCGUUGUUGUUGACGAGAGCCUAGAUUUACUUUGGCUAGUAAGAGUGGUUGAUGUUCAGGGUACUAUGUGAAAAGCACAGCGCUGGUAGGCAGGCUUAUUCCGAUUUGGUUUGGGUAUUUUUAGUUGAAUAAUAUAAAUUAUUUAAUCUUCCAUAACCUAUGACAAGAAAAAUUGGUGUCUUCCAGAUAGCUGUCGUGAUAGAUUAUAAACGCAUUAUCUGCAGUGAAAUUCUGAACUCAUCCCUUCUUUUGUAGGAGUAAGAGAACAUAAAUAUAAUUAGCAACGUAACACACUUGUCUUAGGAAGUAGGAGGACUGGUCACCACCGGGUCUUUGGUCUGCUUUUUCCAACUGGGCAAACGGAUCUUGCGUGACGGGAAGAGAGCGGCGGAGACGCGUGCCCUGGUGGCGUCUUGCACCUCUUGGGAAAAUGAGAUGCUCCCCAUCAGCCACGUCCUGGGGCUGUGCGAGGGAGAAGGCAGCUCCUUCCUUGCAUGGCUACCGUUUGCAGGCAGAGAUGUGUUGGGUGGCUGUUGAAGGAAGCAAGGAGAUGUCCAAGGCUUGGUCUGAAGAGCUUUGCCAGGUCCAAGGAAUGAUCUGAAGAGCUUCUCCAGGUCCAAGGGUUGGUCUGAAGAGCUUCUCCAGAGUCUGGUGGUGUAGGGAAAGAGGGCAGUUGGUUGAUGAAGAGUCUCCGAGGCAGGGCAAGGGGGAAGACUGGUGGCUUCACCUUGCACCUGCACCACUGGCGGGGUUCAGACCAAACCACGAUGUCUCUGUAGUGAUCGAGGUGGCCCCUGUUCUUUGGGUUACAGCUGGGCUUGGAGACUUUGAGGAGAAAUGUUCAUCCAGGCACAAAUCCUGGAACCAUAGGGAAAGGCCAGAGAAGGGGAUGAUGUCCAGCUGCUCUGCUUGGUGAGCAGGGAGAAACAGGGGGAAGAGGAAGCAAUAGCAAUAAACACGUCGUCUUCCUCGUGGAAGGCACCUGAGAAAAGGUGAGAGCAAGGAAGGUGAUCCACAAUUGACGUGGACCGGGCUGGGAGACAACGGGCACGCAGAGGCUGUGGGCAUCGGGGUAGUUUCUGGGGGGUUUGGCUUACCCAAGGGCAUGAGGACAUGAAGCCAACUGUGGCUGGUGAUAUCCCACCCCGGGGCGUCGAAGUAGAGCAAUAAGUUGUCUCGAGGGCAGCAGCGAGAGCGUUCAUAUAUGCAGACAGCGCUUGUGGCCAGUUUGAGUUCUUUUUAAAUCCUUAUCCCUAAACCCAGCAUAGAAACAAGGCUUUUCUUCUUUUUUUUUUUUCCUUUUCCUAAGACGAAAACAUCGUUGGGUUUUGAUUUUUCCCUCAAGCGUGCCAAAAGAGUUACAUUCACCCGGCAGCUUGUUAGCAACUCUCACAUCUCUUGGGCUCGAGGUUGUCACAACGAACCAAAUCCAGAGCCUCUAAAGAGGUCGGGUUAGGAGAUGUGGAUGGGAAUCCCUCCCGGCGCUGCCUGGGAUGGGUUUCCAACCCACGGGUGGUGUUGAAUCAGUGCCCAGAUGUCUCAGUUCGCUGUUCUGCUUUGGUCAUGCCUGGAUCACGUCUCCAGAUGGAGGUGAGGGCAGUGGAGACCAACGCUGGAGGGUCACCUUGACUGGGAUGUGGUGGUGCAGAGGUCAGACUAGAGGGUCUUUCAGAAGAGCAAGGUGACCAGUUGUUGGCACCUUGGUGAGACCUCCUUGCUCUUGGUGGUAUCUCCCAGCUUGGCUUCUGCUGCCGUUGGGAGGAGCUACUGGAGCUCCUUCCCAUGGACAUAGUCCAAAUGGGGAGAAACAAGCUUAGGGACCCAAAAGGACUUUUCCUACCACUGAUCGGUCCCAGGUGGUUUGUCAGGUUGUGCGCUGGUGCCAGCACUUCUGAUGGAGGUCGUUUGGUUGGUUCUGUUGGUUUUAAAGGAAAUCUAGCAAAGCUCUGGUUGACCUUCCCAACCUCAAGGGGAACAAAGUGGGUGAAGACUGAACACCAGCGUUGUGGAGUGGGGAAGGUGGAGUUCUCCCGCGUAGUACUUUAGGUUGCACUUUGGAUUUGCGUAAAAGGAAAAGAGAAGAAAAAAAAAAAAAAGAGUAAAUAAUCAGAGGGGUGCCCAUUCAGCUUGGCAAAGUCAAGGGUUAGCACCUAAAGAGCAACAGGACAUUUGGAAAUAACAAUACUACGUCAUCCUGCCGCUGUUUGUAGCACGCUAGUUAAACCUGGGCCAAAAAACCCCCCCUCAGUAGAUCACAGGAAUUGAAGACCUCGCAAAUACCCUUUCUUGCUCUGCUGACUUCACGUUAUGUAUUAGGAGCUGCCUGUCAGCAUUGAAACAUAGAGGAUAGAGUAAGCUCUAGCCAGCGUAAGAGCGCUACAACUUGCAGGGUCCAACGAGCUUCGUUAUCACAGCCUGGGCUCUGCAGAGGAGGACCUUUCUCAGCAGGCCUCCACCAGCAGACACUGUCCUACCACUGGCCUAGGAACCCUUCACCCUUAACUGCUUUAGGAAAGACUGCUAAAAUUUUGGCCCAUGGCUAGGAAGGAGAUGCUAGGCUUUCUCCUGAAAGGAAAGAAAACACUAAAGGUAGGGUAGAAAGCUCCAGGAGCUGAGCAUGGAGGCUUUGAUCAGUAGCAGAUAUGAUGCUCCUCAUCCUGGUGUGCCCAGGCAGAAAUACUCAUUAACUCAACCCAGGUGUAAAGAGGUGAAAUAUUUGCCGUCUGUUGGGCAAGAGGCUUCGGUGAGCAAAUUUGGCAACCGGUGUUGGGUUUAGGCUUGGACCACUGCAUGGCUCCAGGGCCACCACAUAGGUCUGGGGCCACCACAUGGCUCCAGGCUUGGGUAGCUCCUUCCCGAGGUGGAUUCAUGGGGCCGCAGUGGUGGGGAGAUGCUCCCUGCCACCGCAGGGGGAUGUGGGCCUUGAUGCCCCCCAGGCUGAUGCCAGCAGUGACCUGCAGCUCUGUCCCCUUCCCCGUGGAGGGACGUGGUUUUUCGGAUAGACGAAAGGAUGAGAGAAAAGCCUAUGAUCCCAAGUCCUUUCCUUGGCCAAGUCAUGGCUUAAGUGAAGGUCCUGGGGAGGUUGCAGCCUGGUGGGGGACUCCCUUGUGGAGGGGACACUGACGGAGGCCACCAGCUUCCCAAAUAUUUCACCCCAGCAAAGCUUUGCUGGUGUUGGUUGAGGAAAAGGGUUUCCCACGGUGAAGGGUCACACCAGGCGUUCGCAGGGAAGAGCAGGAGGGGUUAAACCAUCCUUAGCAGGGCCGGCAAAACGUCUCAGAGAUUAAAAUUCCAGCUAAAGAGGAAAGAAAAUAACUCCAAACCGCUGGUAACGACCAUUAACCCAUCCCUGCUGGUGUCUUUGCUUGAAAACGUGAGCUGUAGCGUGAGAUUUUGGGGGGGGGAGAGAAGGCUGUAUGAAUAGCGGUGGUGGCCCCCAACCCGAGCGAGCCCCUUGGAGCCCGUACCCGUCAUGCCUCCAAGCAGCUGAACCCUCCGGGCGAGGAUUUGCUCCUGUAUUUUAUGACGAAUACCAACCCACGUUGAGCUUUUUGCAGUUUCCAGCUGUAAUUACCACGCAGUGUUAUUUAAGGGUUUGUUUUAACGAUGGAUGUUUCGGGGUAUCGGGUUUUCCCCCAGCUGCCGGCAUCUCCGGUCCUUCCCAGAGAGCUCCCCGCCCGCCCCCCCCCCCCCAACCUCCGUGCCAUCUCCUCCCUCCCCUCCUGCAUCCCGGCGGCGGAUGCAUCCCGGAUUUGGGACGAUGCGGUCCCUGGCCGGAGGGCGCGGAAUGGGGUCUGGUUUUCCUAGAGGGAAGAAAACCCACAUUUGGGGACUUCUUUUCAACAGGAAAACCCAACCAUCUGACACUAGCAAUAAAAGCCGUUGGAUACCCAUAAAUUCAGGUUUCGGGGUGGGUUUUGUUGUUGGUUUGGGUUUUUUUUUUUUUAAUUGUCAAUGUUUUCAGGCCCUCCAAGCAUCUAUCAUCCCCGAAACACAACGACCCUCUGCCCACCUUCCCUUUGCUUUGCCGCAAGCGCCGGCUCGUCGGCAGGAUCAGGCUCCGAAUAUUUUCUGUGCCGUGUGUUAGCAUUCCCAGAGGGAAAAAAAAAAAGGAAACUAAAGUCCGUUAAGGAGCUUGGGAGGGAGGAGAGCUCGAAAAAGGCAUUUUUUUGGUGUGCCGCGUGGUGGCACUUACAGAUUCACCGGUAAUCAGGUAAAAUAACCUGUUACGGGGCCGUUCGCAAAGCAGGAAGAGCAAAUAUAUGGGGUUUAACGGCAGCAGUUUCUGGUUGGAAACGCUCAGUUGUGCCGUUUGUAGGAAAAGAACCCUGACGCGAGGCGGCCACCCGCAGCGCCGUCGCGUCUUCCUGCAAGGGAUGGAGCGGAGGGGAGCUGGGGUUUUCCCGGGGUGAAGGGGGUUCAGGAUCAGGGUGCUGGAUGGGGAGCGAUUCGCAGGGUCGGCAGCCGCCGGGAAGCGCAGCAAGGAAGGGAAAAAUGAGAUAGUGGGGUGCAGGAUUGGACCCAAACCCUCCCGUCCCCGUAGCAUGGAGCAAACCCGCGCCGGGCUCCUACCCCUCUUUCUAUGUAAUUAAUUUUUUUAAUUGAUUUUUGACCGCCGGACCAGCUCGUUUUUAAAUAUUAUUGGACCUCUUAAGCAAAAAUAAAUAUUAAAAAGCCAAAAAAAAAAAAAAAGAAAAGAAAAAAAAAAAAGAUUAAAAACCAAGAGUAACCAUGUCUUCCAAGUCUACGUCUCAAAGGUGUGUAGGGAACAUGGCCUUGAACUGACGCCCCGGAAAGCCCCGCAGCCUCGGUUUGUCCAUCUUAAGUGUAAAUUUGGGUUUUGGUUUUUUUUUUUCCCCCAUUUGUUUUCUGUUCUGGUUUUGGUUCUGAAGAUCAGGUCGUGAUCUCCCUGACAGAUUUCAGCCAAGAGUUUGUAACUGUACGAUAUUUACUGUAAGAUGUAGAACAUUCGAUAACUAUUAAAAUGUUUCCAAAAAAAAAAUAAAUAAAAGAG